GGGCCAGGCGAGGAUUUUCACGAAAACAUCCACCGCAGACUGCGCAUAGAAGCGAGCGGGACCCGACGCUGUGGAUUCAGCGGCGUGACAGUCGAGUCUAUGGCGUGUUUAAAGUUGGACAUCGGUGUUUGGCCUUGAACGGAGACGGCAAAAGCGUAAAGAAAAAGAGGUUUAACGGCGAUGAGCGCGGUGUCACUUGUUAGAUAGAAAGACAGGCAGAGAGGGGGCAAAGUGGACUCCCUCCCUCCGUAGAGCUCGUUCUCGCCCGAUGGAGGAUGACGGGACCCUUGCAGUGAGCUCGAGGCCCGGAAUGUCACCUGUGCGACGUCGAUAUCUCGUCGGAGGACGUAAUUAGAGAAAAGACCGCGCACACCUGUCCGCCCCCCCUCGACGACUCUUCUGACAACUUCUCAGCCAGCUUUGUGUUAAAAAACAAACAAACAAAAAAAGUUAGUUAGCAGGUCAACGUUAGCUGCGCGAGGCGACCCCUCGCGCAAGAUGACUAUCAUAGACACCACUUAACGAGAGGUUAUUCACCGCCUCAGGUGAGCCAACGGGAACAGGACAGGUGAACAAACGCGCUGUCGCCUUCUUGAUGGACUCCUUUCUUCUUCUCACGGGUUCGUUCUAGAAAAAAAAAGUUGUCCUGUUGUAUUUCGACCAGCAGCAGGUCGACUCCAGCGCAUUUGUCUAAGAGAAUUUGUCGAACCAGCACUUCUUGGACGUUUUUUUUUUCCUCCUUCCCCCUCAUCAAGUGUCACCGAUUCCCUCCAGCAACCAUGUCAUUCAAAGACAACCCGUGUCGGAAGUUUCAAGCCAACAUUUUCAACAAAAGUAAAUGCCAGAAUUGCUUCAAGCCCAGGGAAUCUCACCUGCUGAACGACGAAGACUUAAAUCAGGCAAAACCUAUAUAUGGAGGAUGGCUGCUGCUGGCACCAGAGGGAACAAAUUUUGACAAUCCCCUGCACAGAUCCCGGAAAUGGCAAAGGAGGUUCUUCAUCCUUUAUGAGCACGGCUUACUUCGCUAUGCCCUGGAUGAAAUGCCCAGCACUCUGCCACAGGGUACAAUCAAUAUGAACCAGUGCUCUGACGUCAUCGAUGGAGAGUCCAGGACAGGUCAGAAGAAUUCGCUGUGCAUCCUGACACCUGAGAAAGAGCACUUCAUACGGGCUGAGUGUAAAGAAAUUAUCAACGGGUGGCAGGAGGCUCUGACUGUGUACCCCAGGACCAACAAGCAGAACCAGAAGAAAAAACGCAAGGUUGAUCCACCCACUCACCAGGGUGGAGUAACUCCAAGCCAGUGUUUUUCCACUGAAGACAUGAAUGGACACCCAGAGCCUGGCCCCGCCAAGGUGACAGUGACCAGCAGUGGAGGAAGCAUCCCCUGCAUACCCAGCAGUAUCGCCAGUGCUGAGCGAGUCCCAAUGAGCCGUGCCACCCUGUGGCAGGAGGAGAGCCGCUGGAGCAGGGCCACCAUCCCCUGCAGCCGCAGUGCUUCCUGUAUCAGCCAGCUGGGCCAGAGUCAACCCGAAUCCAGUAUAACUACUCAGGAUGAUGCCGGCACAAUGAGCACUGGGCGCAAGGUGCGAGUGGAAAGUGGUUACUUUUCUCUGGAGAAGACCAAGUCGGAGCCCGCUCCACCGUCUACACAGCAUCCUCAGCCACCCCAGCAUCUUCCCCUGUCCUCGUCAGCAUCCUCCUCCUCUUUAGGAGCUCUCAGUCCCAGGUACAGCUCUGAGUCAGAACCCCAAAUUUCCCCUUUUCAACCCUCCCAAGAUCCUCUCCCUUCUCCAGGUGCACUAGUUUCCCCCAGCUACUCCACCAUCAGUUCCUCCCAGAGCUCGCUGGACUCUGAUCCCAGCGUCACUACACCGACCUGGGAGGGACACAGCGGUGGUGGAGGAAGCACUGGCAGUGCCAGUGGUGGAGGAGGCAGAGUGGGCCGGUCUGGCAGGGAAUACGCAACGCUGUCUGAUGUGCCACGGGCUCGCAGACUGAGCUACCGAGAAGCCUUCCGCUCAGAGAAAAAACGCCAAGAGCUGAGGGCACGGACACGGAGUCCUGGCAGAGAGGAGGUGGCUCGGCUGUUUGGGCAGGAGCGCAGGCGUUCUCAAAUCAUUGGCCGAUUCGAGGAGGGUCAGCACGUAGAGCGUAUGGACACGAGCAGCUCCACUGAGCCCUCCACCAACACCACUCUAAUCCAGAGACAAGGCCGCAGCGAGAGACGCUAUCUGGCUAACAAACAUGAGAUGUCACUGGAUGCAGGAAAAGACCGUUCAGUCCCCGAUGUGUCCAGCUCCACUUUUGCUAAUUUAAGAAGAGCCAAGUCACUGGACCGCAGAGUCACAGAGUCUUCAAUGACGCCAGAUCUGCUGAACUUCAAAAAAGGAUGGAUGACAAAGCUGUAUGAAGAUGGAAUGUGGAAGAAACACUGGUUUGUCCUGACAGAUCAGAGUUUGAGGUACUACAAGGACUCAAUAGCCGAAGAGGCUUCAGAGCUGGAUGGUGAGAUUGACCUCUCCACAUGUUAUGAUGUCAAAGAGUUCCCAGUCCAGAGGAAUUACGGAUUCCAAAUCAUGUGUAAAGAGGGAGCCUGCACCCUGUCAGCCAUGACCUCUGGAAUCCGUCGCAACUGGAUUCAGGCCAUAAUGAAGAAUGUGCGACCCACAAUCGCCCCUGAUGUCACCCGGAAAAACAUCUCUCUGAAACUAUCCGUUCUGAAGCCCAGAUCCCUCCCAGAGGAGAAGAUGAAAGCGAUGUUGGAGCCAUGUCCACAGACUACCACUGAGCCAAGCCCCAGUCCUGAGGCCCCCAGGUCUGACGUCCACAGACAGCCAGCUGGCGCUAAUGCCCCUUGCUCUGAGCCCCGUAAAAGCCGUGUUCGUGAGCGCAGACGAGAGGGUCGCUCCAAGACUUAUGACUGGUCUGAGUUCAAAAUGGAACAAACGGGAAAGCCGCUGAAGGAACGAGCAGACACAGUCGACCUCAGCUCAUCAUUCUCAACAACCUCCUCAUACUGUUCUCCCUCCUCUUCUCCUUCCUCAUUAGCGUCCUCUCCGGUCUCUACCUCCUCCCUCUUAACCUCUUCUGUGUCAGGUGCUCACCCACCAUCUAUGACAGAAGAUGCAGAAAAAGAGAAUGUCAGGAGGGGAAGCACUUCACAUAGGGCAACCAGUGCAAACCACAUGCCAAAUACAGUUACUGUCACCGUGACCUCCACGCUCAACACUACAUCACCCAUACAGCCAUCGACACCUGAAUGCCAAGAGCAAGGAAAGAUGGAAGUAGAUCACCCUCCAGCCAUGCAUCCUGGUAGUGGGGAUAGGAAGGACAGCAGAACCUCAGACGUCCAAGAAGAAAUUGAGCAGCGGUGGCAUCAGGUUGAGACAACACCAUUAAGAGAAGAGAAGCAAGUGCCCAUCAAUACUGCUUUAACAAACUCUGAAAACUCUGACAGACUGCCUCCAAAUGAGCUUGCUGCACUGUUAGACAAAGAAUUGGGACAGAAGCAGAAGGAGCUGGACCGUCUACAGAAGCAAAACAACCUUUUAAAAGAGCAGUUGGAAAAUGCUCUAGGGAGAGAACAAAGUGCCAGGGAGGGCUACGUUCUGCAGAGUGCAACACCCCCUUCCUCUUCGCCACACAAAGUGCCAUAUCAAAGAUUGCACACACUUACACAAGAUUUGCAGAGUGAGUUGGAAACCCAAAAGCGCAAGCAGGAUCUCGCUCAGCAUCAGAUUCGGACACUAAAGAGAAGCUACACAGAAGCACAGGAUGCUGUAAACCGCCAUGAGACUGAUAUUCAGGCUCUGCAGACUAAACUGGCAUCUGCAAUGGCUGAAAUCUUGGCUAGUGAAGAGGCUGUGGCCAGAAUGCGCAAUGAGCUCAAGCUAGAGCAGGAGCGUUCAAAGGAACAAGAAGAGGAACAUGGCCGUAGUGAGACCACCCUACGAGCCCAGCUAAAGGACAGUGAGGAUCGACUCCGAGAAGUAGAGGCAAGUCUCUUGGAGCGAAAUCAGGCCCUUAGGCACCUGGAGCGCCAGCAGGCCCUGCAACGAGACCACAUGAGAGAGAUACAGCGGCUGCAGGAGAGGCUGCAAGAGGUGACUGCUCGACUAAAUGCAACUGAAGAAGGUCAGGCGCUGAAGGAGGAGCGCUUGAGGAAGGAGCAGAACUGCUUGCAAGAGAGUCAUGAGAGGGAAAGGCAGAAUCUGUGUAGAAGAUUAGCUGAGGCUGAAGCUGCACAGAAAGAAAUGGAAAACAGAGUACUGGAGGCUGAGCAGCAGGUGGAGGCCCUGUUAAGAGGGAGGCAGGCCUUGGGAGGGAAGGAAUGCAGGGAGGAAAUGCUGAAGUUGCAAGAAGAGCUUGCACAGAAGACUGACAUGGUUGAGUCGCUGAGGGAGAGUGUGCGUAGGCUAGAAGAAGAGAAAGGCCAUCUCACCUGCCGCUGUCAGGAGCUUCUUAACCAGAUCGCAGAAGCAGACCGCGAGGUGAAUAAGCUCCGCAAUCGUUUGGAAACAGAAGAGGCUGAUUACAAUACCCUGGAGCACUCAUAUGAGAGGGCUACCCAAGAGUUUCAGAAAAUGAGCCAGUUUCUGAGAGAAAAAGAGGAAGAGAUCCGGCAAACUAAAGAGAUGUAUGAGAGACUGAUGGAACACAAGGAAGCCGACUUGAAAGAGGCCCUUGUUAAAAUGACUGCACUUGGCAACAGCUUGGAGGAAACAGAACAGAAAUUGCAAGCUAAGGAGGAGCUUCUUUGUCAAAUGAGUCAAAGCCUCUUAGAUAAGGUAGAGCCCUGUAGUGCUGAAAAGGAUCUGAAGGCCAAGCUUGUGGUUGCAGAGGACCGCAUAGCAGAGCUCGAGCAGCAUCUCAAUGCUCUGCAGCUGGGCUACGCAGACCUACGCAUGGAAAGGCAGCAAAUCCCCGAACAGAGCAAGAGAGGAAGGCUUAAAGCAUCGGUCUCCUUCUCACCAAACACAGAGCUCCAACUUUCCUUUGACAAGACAUCCAAGACAGGGAACUCCCCAGAUAAGGAGUGUCAAGCUAAGAGACCAAGGAUACGUUUUAGCAGUAUUCAGUGCCAAAAAUACAUGAAUCUAGAGGGCAUGGACACUAGUACCUUUGCAGACACAAGUCAAAAAGUUAAUCAGGACUUAAAUGAAGACAACCAUCCAGCUGAUGGAAACUCUGAUAUCACAUUCCCUCACAGCAGUGACCCAGAGAAGUUUAUCUCUAUCAUACAUGCCCUAGAGACUAAACUGCUGGCCACUGAAGAUAAACUAAGAAACCUCACACAGACUCUAGAAGAGCAGCGAUCCGUCCAAGCAGAACACAUCUCCAAGAUUGAUCAAAAGAUGACAGGAACAAAGGCUAACCCUGAUAAAGAAUUGAGUUGUGGAAGUGAGAUACAGAGUAGUGCCAGUAAGCAUUAUGCCAAGGCCCUGGUGUGUGUGGAAAGUAGUCGAGAGAAAGUCAGGACUAUCCUCAGUGGCUCUCAGGAAAGCGCUGAUUCACAGCUGCACUCAUUGUCAGAGAUAGAGAAAGAGUUGUUCGAUGCAUCACUGUACAUCAGACAAGGACAAAAGAUGUUGGAAGAGCAAUCACCAGUUGUCCCUCAAACUCAAACCCCAGAGACUGUAGAUAAAGAUUCCCUGCAUCUCUUUGCCAAAACUCUGUCUUUUGAGGCAGUAGUGUUAAACAAGAUGGCUUUGUUAAUACAGACUUCUAAGUCUGACCUCCUACAAGCUCUUGCAGAGAUUUGGGAGGACAUUGAGAAUAUUAAAAAGAGUGACCAGGACUGCUUGGCUGUAGUUUAUGCUGAUGUCUUGACCAGGAAGUUGAUGUUGGAGAGUGCGUUCUGGAAAGAACUGGAGAAAGCUGAGAUAGAUGUUGCUAAAUCCAAAGAGGGCAGUGUUUCAGCUGAUGUAGAUGUUGAUAGCACUGUUAUCUUUAACACAUUCAUUAAAGCAGAACUAGCCUACUCUGUUCAAAACCUUAAACAUUGCUAUGAAGAGAAAUUCAAAAUACUAAAAAGGGAGUUGACUGAAGCCCGAAAAAACCUACAUCAAAGGGAAAUGGCCCUGAAAGCAAUUAUUGAAGCUUCCAAAAGGCCUGAUUUAAAAAGUGUAAUAAAAGAAGUCAAAAACAACUUUGGGUUUAGUAAACAGAAGUUAGCUGACAUUCACCCACCUGAACUUGCUCCCUACAUGGAGCAGAUUGAAAUGGAAGAGUCUAAACAUUUGGCUGAGGAAAUCGUAGACAGACACUUGGCUGGAGAAAUGCCCUCCUGUGGUGUUGACUCAGUUGAAUCACUGCGAAAUGCUCAUGAAACCCUGGCUAAUGAGCUCCAGAGACAGGCAGCAAUCCUCCAUAAGUAUGCUCAAGAGAUAGAAAGUGGUGGAAACCAUCCUGGACUGGCUAAAAUGAUCCACGCUCUUCUAGGGCACCAAACCUCACAUAGUUUCACAAGUACCUCUCUUUGUAUGCGCGAAGCCCUAAUCCAGUCUCAAGUGGCUUAUGUGGCAUGCAGGUUACGGACCAUGCAUGAACAAGAAUUAGGCUGGUGUAAACAGACCGGUCAGAACAUGGAUUCUCUUGUCCAGCAGCAUGCCCGCAAUGUCAGUGUAAUCCAAGAGAAAUAUGAAGCAUCCUUACAGGAGGAGCGGCUGAACUUCACACAGACUGUCGGCUCUCUUCAGAAGGAGAACCAAACUCUAAAGAGUGAGAUCAGCAAACGUGUUGGCCAGCUCUCCCAGCAGCAGGAGCAACUGGCUCUCCUGGAGGAGCGAUUCAAGAAGGAGACUGAAGAGCUGAAGCAGAAGCACAAACAAGAGCUAAGCCAAGCAGAGAAAGGUCGCACCUCGACAGAGUUGGCCCUCAUGGAGACCACAGCCGACAGUCAGCGAAAGCUUGAAGUGCUCCUGGUGGACAUGGACACCAUGGAGGAGCGACAUGAGAGUUAUGUGAGGAAACUGGAGGAGCAGUUUGAACAGAGGAUCUGUGAGCUCCAGCAGCUCCACAAAGAGGAGCUGGAAAAGUUACAUUCCCAGUACAUGGCAAGCAUACAAUGUGUCCAAGAAUACCAACAGGACAAAGAUGAUCCUGAUGGUUCUCAUUCUGAUGAGGCAGCUACACCAAUGGAAGAGGAGGAGCAGGGGAAGGGGGAGAACGUACAGGACAUGUCAGAAGGGGACACCAUGGUGGUGCUGAAGGAUCGGAUUCAGGAGCUGGAGACUCAGAUGAACACCAUGAGGGAUGAACUGGAGAUCAAGCACCUGGAAGGAGAUGUGGCCAGCCUGAGAGAGAAAUACCAGAGAGACUUUGAAAGUCUUAAGGCCACAUGUGAACGUGGCUUUGCAGCAAUGGAAGAAACCCACCAGAAGGUAAUUCAAGACAUCCAGAGGCAGCAUCAGAGGGAGAUUUCCAAACUAAUGGAAGAGCGAGAGAGACUGUUGGCUGAGGAGACCGCUGCCACAAUCGCUGCUAUUGAAGCUAUGAAGAAUGCACACAAGGAGGAAAUGGAGAAGACACAUCGCUCCCAACUGAGUGGAGUGAACUCUGACAUUGAUGAACUACGCUUACAAUACGAGGAGGAGCUGCAGUCCAUCCAGAGAGAACUGGAGGUGUUGUCAGAGCAGUACUCCCAGAAAUGUCUGGAGAACGCUCACCUGGCCCAGGCACUGGAGGCCGAGAGGCAGGCCCUCAGGCAGUGUCAGAGAGAGAACCAGGAACUAAAUGCUCACAACCAGGAGUUGAAUAACCGACUCACUACAGAGAUCACUCGGAUGCGCUCCUGUUUCAGCGGUGAAACAGCGCUGUCACCACUUACACAGGGCAAAGAUGUGUAUGAACUGGAGGUGUUGCUAAGAAUUAAGGAGUCAGAGAUCCAGUACCUUAAACAGGAAAUCCACUCUUUGAAAGAUGAGCUACAGUCUGCUUUAAGGGACAAGAAAUAUGCCACAGACAAAUAUAAGGACAUCUAUACAGAGCUCAGCAUUGUGAAAGCAAAGGCUGACUGUGACAUCAGCAAACUGAAGGAGAAGCUGCUCAUUGCCACAGAAGCUUUAGGCGAGAGGAAUGUCGAUGGAACAGUCACAUCUGGAUACGAUAUCAUGAAAUCAAAAAGUAAUCCAGAUUUCCUGAAAAAGCAAUCCAAGCAAUCAAGAGGUGUAAGGUCAAAGUCUGUCACUGAACAGGUCUCAUGGGACAGCUGACACUCCCAUUGUGGGAUGAUUCCCCCCCAACCCCCGUCCCAAGAUGUGCUAGCCUGAAAGAGGGACUGACUGUGCAGGAGCGGAUGAAGCUUUUUGAGGCGAAAGAUUCCAAAAAGAUUUGAUUAUCAAGAAUCUGACGUUUCCUUUCUCUUCUCUGACCUCAGUUUGUGGUCAGAUUGCUACGGCCGUGCCAGCAUCAGCUGAAACUCUUAUAGGAAAAUGGAAAAAAAAAAUCAAUCAAGGUCAAUUCUCAAUGUGGACCUGCUGCUUCCAUGCCUCUGAUAAGUUGUCAUAUUUUUUUUUAUUAAUGGAAAACUGUUUUAUUGAAUCAGUCCUGUGUACGGCUUCUUUUAAAAUAAAUACAUAGAUGUAUAAUCUGUCCAUGUAGGAGUUGUGUCAAAUAAGCUGUGAGAGGGAUAUACGACAGCAUUUUUAUUGAUCCUUCAGAAUGCCAAAACAGACAGCAAUACACAGUAUGAAUAAUAUAUAUUUCCCAAUAUGAAUAAUUAAGUAUCUGCUGUAUUUUAUUAUUGUUACAGUUUAUAUAUCUAAUUAAUAAUUUUUAAAUGUGUUUAAUGUUUGCACCAGUUCUGUUGUACAUAACUACUGGAUAUAUGUAAGCGUAUGGUUUGCUAUUGAUUGUUGGGGCAUCUGCUGUACUAUAACUAUGGUUUGAUUGGUAGUGGAAAUCAAUGUGAUGCUUAACUUGCUUAUGUAUGAGAGUUUUAUAAAAAUGGAGUGUCUGUGUGUGAAGCAGGAAAGAGGGGUGGGAUUGCACUUAUCACUUGACUACUUGAGGAAUAUUUUUUUUUUUUUCGUCUCAAUUUGGUGUCGUGACUUCGAUCAGUUAUUGCAGUGCAACCAAACAUCCUGACUUCUGUUAAAUUUAGUAAACAGCCGUGACUUGUUAGUGAUACUGGAUUUUUUUUUUUUAAAAACCUGAAUUUGUGUUUGCUCAGUUUUGACUUUUGGUGUGACAAUAUCAUCUCAGAAAACUUUAAACUAUUUAGGACUUUGCAUGACUGUACAGUAUCUUUUGAAUUGCAGAAUGAUCAUGUUGCCUCAUUUUCCUACUUUAUGCUUUAGUGUGGAACUCUUAACACUAAUAAGCUUUGCUUUGCAAGUCCUACUGUUUUAGGUGUUGAGAUUGAACUGUUUUACUGUACGCGGCAGUCUUGAAGCACUUGGCCCAGUCCCUGACCUCUCACUGAAAUCUAGUCGUGCCUCAACUGAGUGAAGAAUAUUAAACAUCCAUGAAACCUGUGCAGCUAUGGAUACACACUGUAUAGUAUUCAAACCACGCCUUGUAUAUAUGCCACACGGAAGACUUCUGUGUUUUGUUUUAAACUUGUACCUUGCUCACUAGCUCUAUAUGAAAUAUAUAUGAAUAUUUUUUAUUUUCAUUUGAAUGUAUAACGUCAAAUAAAUGAAGUGUUUGGAAAAUC